AUGCCCUACUACCCCUGGCAGGUGUACAAUGUAUGGAAAGCCAUGCUGAAUCUUCUCAGAGGCCUAGAGCUCCUUCACCAUUUUAACAAUCAGGAUGCCUGCCCUGCUGUGCGAGGCAUCCAUCAAGAUCUCAAACCGUCCAAUAUCUUUGUGUUCGAGGACCGCGAAGACCUCACCGAAGACAAGCCGCCCUACAAGCACAAGUACAUCUUCAAGAUUGGCGACUUCGGGUUGAGCAGCAUGCGCCUAAGGCAGACUCUCCACCCAGACAACAAAGGGACCAAGAUGUACGGGGCACCAGAGAUCACCACACCCACGGCUGAACUUCGCCAUUUAGAUGGCGGUGCAACUUAUAAGGUAGACAUCUGGUCAAUGGGGUGUAUCUACUUCGAGAUGCUCAUUUGGAUCAACUCUGGUGAGGCGGGGCGAGACGAGUGUCUGGUCAAACGUCUCAAAGAGGGCGGCCCUGAUGGGGCAUUUCACAACCGGGGAAAAGAGCUUGCCGCCCUCAAGGAGAUGUUGGAGCUAACGCUCUCCUGCAAACGGCAAUGUGACGACCUUACCCAGCCUAUAGCUGAACGAAUCAUGCUGUCAAUGCUAUGCGUUGACCCUUGUGACAGAUCGAAAGCCAAACAGCUUAUACGAGAGUUUCAGGCGAUCCUAGAAAAGACUGCUGGAGGAGACAACGCCCGCAAUGGUCCGAAACCACGUACGGCUCUUACAGGUACCCGCACUCAACCCAGUCACAACUCGCGUGGCAAAGCAGCCCAUUUAUCCAACGCUCAACCGCGCGCUAUCUACGGUACUCAUCCUUCGGGCUCACCCGAUCUCAUGAUAGGAUAUCCUUCACGUGUUGCAGCAAACGAUCACAACAAAAGCGAAGACGGCGAGGACUUUGGCAAGGCAGGCCAUUCUCUUGGGCCACCGCUAGGCCAAGUACAAGAACCGCCCGCUCAUCGCGUCCAUCCUUCUGCCGCAUAUCGUGGCGACAUCCCUACCUCUAACUCACGGACUCCGCCUAGGAGCCACGGUACCCGGGCCAGUGCACAUGGUGUGCCACACUCCAAUCAGCACAACCUUGAAGAUGUUGCUGUUCCCUUAUUUGGCGGACAGCGCCCUCCAUCAUCUGCUCUUUCACCUACGAACAACCAAGGUCUAGGGCAGGCAUUCUUUGUCACACAGCGGCCGUUGUCAGUCGAUUCCGGAAGGGCAGCGGAUAGGCAUUUAGGUUCCAUAGAAACCAUGAUGGGUUUUAAGCCUGCUUACUUUCAGCCCGAUACAACCUCGCCUAUUUACAGCCCCAGGUCAACCCGACAGGAGAAGUUGCCUGCCUCGAGACCAAGCAGUGAUCCAACCGCCAGGCGUGGGGAACAGGAUGGUCCUUUCGUCUGGGAUAUUCUUGUUUACAAAGAAAGUAGCAAGAAGAAGAAAUGGCCACGUGGAUUAUUUGAACAGUUGCUGGGACAAGCCGACGCUCUGAAGUAUCAGCAAGACAAAGAACAGGUGGGGAACAAUCUUUUGUCUUUUAAUCAUUAG